ACUCAUACGAAAAUCCAUUAUUUUGUUGACCAAAAAACAAAUCCUUUUUGUGUGCAAUAAUGGCGAUGAUCAUAGGCUUACUUGAAAUCUUCAUGGCAAUCAUUUCAUUCCUUGUCUACCAGUGUUUCUCGCUCCACAAGAAAACUCCAAAGCAUAUGGUUACGAACUGGCCGGUCCUUGGGAUGCUUCCGGGUGUGGUCCUCCACAUUUCUCGUGUCUAUGACUUGGUCACUGAGGCUCUUGAGGGAGAAAAUAUGACGGGUUGUUUCAUAGGGCCAUGGCUUAGUGGAACAGACAUAUUAAUCACUGCUGAUCCGGUGAAUAUCCAGUACAUUCUAAGUUCAAACUUCGUUAAUUACCCUAAAGGGAAGAAGUUUAACAAGAUCUUUGGAUUCUUGGGAGAUGGGAUUUUCAACGUUGACUCGGGUUUGUGGGAGGAUAUGAGAAACUCGUCUCAUGCAAUUUUCAGCCAUCAAGAUUUCCAAAGUUUUUCGGUGAGCACAAGCGUAAGCAAAUUAAGGCAAGGGCUUGUUCCUAUUCUUGAUAACGCUGUUGAGAAACACAUUCUUGUCGACUUGCAAGAUGUGUUCCAGAGAUUCUUGUUUGACACAUCUUCGACUUUGAUGACUGGGUAUGAUCCAAAAUCUCUCUCCAUUGAAAUGCCUAAGGUUGAGUUCGCUGGUGCGAUGGAUGGUGUUGCAGAUGCGAUGUUCUAUAGACAUCUCAAGCCGGCUUUUCUGUGGGAGCUCCAAUCUUGGAUCGGUGUAGGAAUAGAGAAGAAGAUGAGAAGAGGUCUCGCCGUUUUCGAUCAAAUGCUAGGGAAGAUCAUAUCGGCUAAACGAGAGGAGAUCAAAAGUCAUGGGAUUCAUGACUCGAAAGGAGAGGAGGCCAUGGAUGUUUUAACAUAUUACAUGACUAUAGACACGGCCAAAUAUAAACACUUGAAACCGAGUAACGAUAAAUUCAUCAGAGACGCUAUUUUGGGGUUUUUGAUAGCGGCAAGAGACACAACAAGCUCAGCUCUCACUUGGUUAUUCUGGCUUCUCUCUAAGAACCAUGAAGCAAUGACCAAGAUCCGACAAGAGAUUAACAAGAAGAUGCCAAAGUUUAAUCCCGCAGAUUUAGACAAGCUCGUGUAUCUAGAUGGUGCCGUGUGUGAAACGCUAAGGCUAUACCCAUCAGUCCCAUUUAACCACAAGUCACCGGCAAAGCCAGAUGUUCUUCCAAGUGGGCAUAGAGUCGAUGAGAAUUGGAGGGUAGUAAUCCCUAUUUUUGCAGUGGGGAGGAUGAAAUCUGUUUGGGGAGAUGACGCAGAAGAUUUUCGACCAGAGAGAUGGAUUUCAGACAGUGGAAUGUUGAGACAAGAAUCUUCGUAUAAGUUUUUGGCGUUUAACGCUGGUCCAAGAACUUGCUUGGGGAAAAGGUUAACAUUCUUGCAGGUGAAGACAGUAGCGGUCGAAAUCAUAAGAAACUAUGACAUUAAGGUCGUUGAAGGGCACAACCCCAAACCAGUUCCUUCCGUUCUUCUUCGCAUGCAACAUGGUCUCAAAGUUAGUGUCACUAAGAUUUAGUGAACUUUUAUUUUUAUUUUAUGUUAAAAUAAAAUACUCCAGUUGUG